AUGUCUUCCGCAGGUCCCAACGGCACCAACAGUGCUUCCAGCGCCAAUGGCGAGGUGGACAUCAAGAACUUGGGCCACGUCGAAACCCCCAAAGUCCAAGGAACAUGGACCGUCGAGAAGGCUCUGGAAAUUUCUCCAGGCACCACAGGACCUGCAGAGGCCGGCUCACCGCUCCCUUACUUCCAUCUGAUUGAGCGCCUCAAGACCACAAAGCGUGAGGGCUGGCGCCGCUUCGGUAUCGCAAGAGGAGAAUCCAUCGCCGACCACAUGUACCGCAUGUCCCUCUUGUCGAUGCUCGCCCCGCCCGCCCUUGCGCCCCGUCUCGAUCUCGCGCGAUGCAUGAAGAUGUGCCUGAUACACGACAUGGCCGAGUCUCUGGUUGGAGACAUCACGCCCGUCGAUGGGGUCGCGAAGCCCGAGAAGAAUAGACGUGAGGCUGAGACGAUGGACUACAUUACCAAGAACCUGCUCGGCAGUGUCUACGGCGGCGUUCCAGGUGCCGAGAUCCGCGAGAUCUGGCAGGAGUACGAGGACUCCCAGACCCUCAACAGCCAUUACGUGCACGAUCUGGACAAGAUGGAGCUGCUUCUCCAGAUGAUGGAGUAUGAGAAGCGUGGCCAGGGUAAACUUGACUUGGGCGAAUUUGCCUACGUCGCGACCAAGUUCACGUUGCCCGAGACCAAGGAAUGGGCGGACGCUCUGCUCAAGGAGCGCGAGCAUUUCUGGGGCACUCAACAGCACGUCCAUGGCGAGGCUGGCACCGAAGGAGGUGUUCAGGAAGACCGGCGCCAGCAGCAAGACGAUUACUACGAGCGUAAAUAA